ACGUCGCAUUUUCUGCGCCAUCCUUCACAAUUCAUUUUGUUUUCACAUUUUUCGAAUCCUUUUCUCAGUUCCAUCUCUUUCAUGUCCUCCCUCACGCUCCGCAUUCUGGUAAACAAGAAUCUCAUUAGACCCAUAAUUACAAGUUUCUCUUCGGUCCUGACGAAAACCCACGUCGAUUCACCAAUCGUCGAGCCGAGUCAUUCGCGUUUCGAGCUCGUUAAGGCUAGGUUUCUGUCAUCUUCAUCCUGUAUUUGUCGGAGAAAUUCUCUGUCUUGGAGCUUGAGAGCAGAUCGUACGAUGGCCAGCCAAUCAGCCCCGCCUCAAUCUGUGCAUGAUUUCACCGUUAAGGAUGCUAAGGGGAAUGACGUUGAUUUGAGCAUAUACAAGGGAAAAGUCCUUUUAAUUGUCAAUGUCGCAUCACAGUGUUGUUUAGUGUUUUCUGCAAACAUGGCAUUGCCAAUAUUGGCUGCAUUUGAUGAGCUGUCUCCUAAACCUGAAAAAAAUAAUUGUAUUCUUUCUAUUUGCCACAGUGGCUUGACAAAUUCAAAUUACACUGAGUUGACCAAGUUAUACGAGAAGUACAAGGAUCAAGGUUUGGAGAUUUUGGCAUUUCCAUGCAACCAGUUUGGAUCACAAGAGCCCGGCACCAAUGAACAAAUCCAGGAGUUUGCUUGCACUCGCUUCAAAGCCGAGUAUCCCAUAUUCGAUAAAAUUGAUGUAAACGGUUCAAAUGCUGCUCCACUGUACAAAUACCUGAAAUCAGGCAAAGGUGGGCUUUUUGGGGACGGCAUAAAAUGGAACUUUUCCAAAUUUCUUGUUGACCAAGAGGGUCGUGUUGUUGACCGAUAUGCCCCCACUACCUCCCCUCUCAGUAUAGAGAAGGACAUAAAGAAACUCUUGGAGAAAGAUGUUUCGAUAUGGAUGAAUGUUAUGGGUGCGUUUGGAUAUGAGACAAAAUCUGUUGGCUUGACAAAUUCAAAUUACACUGAGUUGACCAAGUUAUACGAGAAGUACAAGGAUCAAGGUUUGGAGAUUUUGGCAUUUCCAUGCAAUCAGUUUGGAUCACAAGAGCCCGGCACCAAUGAACAAAUCCAGGAGUUUGCUUGCACUCGCUUCAAAGCAGAGUAUCCCAUAUUCGAUAAAAUUGAGGUAAACGGUUCAAAUGCUGCUCCACUGUACAAAUACCUGAAAUCAGGCAAAGGUGGGCUUUUCUGGGACGGCAUAAAAUGGAACUUCUCCAAAUUUCUUGUUGACCAAGAGGGUCGUGUUGUUGACCGAUAUGCCCCCACUACCUCCCCUCUCAGUAUAGAGAAGGACAUAAAGAAACUCUUGGAGAAAGGUGCGAACAAAUGA